AGAGGGAGUCGAUUCUAGACGAAGAGAUAGAUAGGCAGGCAGAAGCAGAACAAGAUAGAAAAGUUGAUAGAAACAAAACCCAAUAACUCUCAAUUUUAUUUUCAGUGCUUUUAACCAACCAACUCUCACCCAACUCAUCCACCUUUCAUCUUCCUCGCACCUUUUUUCUUCUUCUUCUUUCUUCGUCACCAGCGUCAUCGUCUCACCAGUGUGUAGAAAACAAUGGAGCUGUGCAUGGAAGCAAGGGCCUUGAAGUCAAGUUUGCGCCGAGAACUAGCCAUGAAGUCGACUCAGCAUGCUUUAAUGGAGGAGCUCUGGUGUGCUACUGCAAUUUCUGGCGUACCCAGUGAGGAUUUCUCAGUUGAUGACCUUCUUGACUUCUCUAAUAGCCAAUUCGAAAAUGGGUCUGUUGAAGAAGAACAAGAACUUGAGGAACAUGAAGAAGAAGAAGAAGAAGAAGAAGAAGAAGAAGAAGACAAAGACUCUGUUUCAGUGGACUCUGUUGAAAAUUCCAAUUCUAGCUACUUCACCACCGAGUCAACUCUGGCCAGCCAACUCGCCGUUCCGGAUGAUGAUAUAGCAGAGCUUGAAUGGGUUUCUCACUUUGUGGACGACUCUGCUUCAGAGCUUUCUCUUCUGCACCCAGUUAGCAAGCUCAAACCGGAAGCUUUAACACUGAACCGGUCUGAACCGGAGGCAAGAAGACUAGCACUAGCUCAUGAUCAAUCAACGCUUUCAUGGCUUCCCUCACAAGUCCCGGUCAAACCCAGAAGCAAACGUUUUAGACCGGCCAGUCGGCUUCGGUCAUCAGUGUGGAACCCACUUGGUGACUCACCGUCUUUAACGUCUAGUCUACCGUCUCCGUCGUCGACAUCGUCUUGCUCUUCAGGGAUGUCAUUUUCGACGCCUUGUCUUGUCCUCACCAACCCGGUUCACAAAGUGGGGGUGUUUUGGGGAGAACCGGCUGCCAAGAAGCAAAAGAGAAAACCGGCGGUUCAGACCGGUGAUGAGGUUGUAGUUGGGACUCAGAGGAGGUGCAGCCAUUGCCAGGUUCAGAAGACUCCUCAGUGGAGAACCGGUCCACUCGGACCCAAGACGCUGUGUAAUGCGUGUGGGGUUCGAUACAAGUCCGGUCGGCUGUUUCCGGAAUAUAGACCGGCGUGUAGUCCGACUUUUUCGGGGGAUGUUCACUCGAAUAGUCAUCGGAAAGUUUUGGAGAUGAGGAGGAGGAAAGAUACCGGUGAGCCGGAAUCGGGGAUGAGCAAAAUGAUUCCGGGUUUUUGACAGUUUAGAUUCGGAAAAUAGUGCUAUGCAUGAACGGGUCUGGUAGUGAACAUUUUUGUUGCUUUUAGGGAGCUUUUAGAUUUUUGCCUUUGUUUUUAGGCCUUGUAGUUUUACUCUUUUAUUUUUAGCUAUUGUAUGUUAUGUCUUAUGAACAGGCUCAAUAGGUUUGAAAUGUAAGUUGGAGGGAGGGAGUUAUAGAUAUGACUAGGGAGGUUUUUAAUUCUAUUUUGUAGGUUUGUUACUCUGUUUAGUGUUAGUUUUAUUUCGAUGGCACUU